AUGUUGCACACCGGAAAUCGCUUUGUAGGGGGUUUCGCAUCGGACGAAGCUCUGAGUCCGGCCAAAGAGUGGGUCCUGCGCCUCUGCCUACCACCAGGCCGAGACCGACGCACCUACAACACCCCCCAACCUUCCUACAUCUAGCACGGAGAUGGCGUGCUUAUCUGCGUUUCCGACAUCAAACCGCAAGACCUGACUCUUCAGGUGCGCGGGAUCGAUGUCCAGACGGUCGGCCCAAGUAGCAAGGUGCAGUGUCAGCUUGCUACGUCCCUCCGCGAUGCCUCUCCGUUACCCACUCCUAAGCCCCGUAGGAGACCAUGGCUUCCGCCUCGACUUUUCUCUUUGCGGGUUCAAACAAGCUGGGCGGAGGAAGACGAAGACGGAGAUAGGGACAAAGACGGCGAUGAUGAGGAUGAAGACAACGAGGAAGAGGACGGAGAGAAUGGCGAUGGUGAACGUGAGCGUUUUCGGCUCUUUGUGAUAGGUACCUCUCUGUUGAGACGCACGCACAGACUGACAUAGAAGGAUGAAGACCUAGAACGUGUCAAGCAAAAGGGGUCGAGGUGGAUCAACCCGAGUCUCGCGUUCACAACCAUCCGUGUACUAGCACGAACGCGCCGACUACUUCUAAUCUCGCAUUGCCCAGCAUUUCUUUCUCGAGUUCGUGAUCGACGGAUAUUCCUAGCCGAGACCGAUCGGCUCAACUAUAUCGGGUUUCAUCAAGAAAAUCUGCGCCUUCACACGGCCCAUGACAUCACCGACGCGCGCUGUCAGCAACGGCUUGAUCCCAGAUUGAAUUGGGCGUUCGGAACUUUGGGCUCGACGUUCAAGAAUAGCCCGAGCGAGAUCACGCAGCUUUACCAAGACGCGAUGGCUUGCACUGUCCAAUACGGAAAGCCUUUGCUGUUCUUUACGGCGACGUGCAACCCCGACUGGCUGGAAAUCAAGGCUGCACGGGGGCCGAAUGAUAAAACAUGCAACCGUCUGGAUCUCAAAUGCACGAGUGUUUGA